GUCUGAACGCGUUGUUUGAGUUCCUCGAAUAACUUCGUAUUAUGCAAUAUAUAAAGUGGUAAAACAGCAAUGGAACAGGAAGUCUCCCACUUCAAAUCCAUAAGGGCAAAGUUCCAAGAGGAGAUCCAAGUGAGAAACCGACCAUUGUUACCUGAGAAACCCAAACGCCUCCCAACAGCAUCUGUAGGCCGCUCUGGUCCAUUGUCCACCAUGAGCUCCAGCUCAGCUGUGGACACCAAAACCCAUAGUCUUGCUCAUGUCAUUUUCAGAAAUGGAGAAGACCAGAAAGCACACUUAGGAAAACACCCUAUUUCGUUCCCCAGCUUUCCUUACGCAACUCAUGAACCCCAUCGAUGUGGAGAUGGUGGGAACCGGCAGUCGCUUAAAGUCCGGCAUCUGCCACUCAUGUUGCCAUUUUCAAAUGAGCCAAAGCAUGAUUCUGUAACUCCUUCAUCAAAGGCAAUCACCUCACCUUUCAAGUACAUCAAGAAACCCAUGCCGGCACCAUUCAAGCCUACCAUAAUUUCAAUGUUUGGCAAAGAGAUUGGAAGAAAUGGUGGAGAGCAUAUGAAACACGGCAAUUUUCAGGCAGUAGAAUCCAGCAUAAAGGCUGUGAAUACAGAAGCUGGAGAGAUCCACCAGGCUAGGGUAUCAGAUCCUGGAUCGUCGGGUCACAGUUCAGAGCAACCAUCUUCAUCUUCUCCAAGCGAAUCGCUGACAGAUUCAUCUCCUGGUAGUGUUACGCAGUUCUUUGACCAGCACGUCCUGAGCACACUCGAGAAAGCCAAGAGGAAGCUUUCCCACAAGAACCUGCUGAUGUGUGGUCGACCAAAGGGCUUCUACUAUAGUAAAUUUGUAGUUCCCUCUGAGAGUUCUCCAUCUUCUACUGAAUCUGAGAACCCAGAGACAGUGUUACCUUUCCAGCCAAGACAUUCCACCUAUGGUGUACCUGUCUAUGCCUCCACUUCUCCAUUGAAGAUCAAUGGAGCAUCAGGCAGUGCUAUCCUUGGUAUGGAGCUAAAUGGUGUCACAAAGCCUGAAAGGGAAUGUUCUCGAGCACGCAAACCUCUUCCUGACCUCACAUCCUUGGGACCUCUGCCCACAAAGCCCCCUCGACCUCCAUAUGUGGAUCUCAGCAGAUAUAAAACUCGAGCGCAUGUCAUUGAUUCAAGUGAAAUAAUUCCUAUUGAAUUUGUACCGGAGGCUGAGAUUUUGGCUGUCAGUAAUGCACCACUUGAGAAUGCAACUGUGCCGCCCCCUGAAUUUCCAGAUUUUGACAUUCCUACACCAGGAGACACAGACAGUAGCGCCAUAAAUCUAGCAGCCCUGGAAUUAGAGGCGACUGAAUUUCCUGAGUCUGACUCCUUGCCUCCACUUCCUGUGCCAGAUGAAGACAAUAGUUUGGACUUUCAGACUGUGGUCAUGCGGUCAAGAGAUGGUCUCGCUGGAUCUAUAGAGUCAUCGAGAAGUGUAGAGAUCAUGACGUCUCUACAGUCAGUCGUUCCUCCAGAACCUGUGACCUCUGACCUCCAAAUGAAUGGAUCGCACACUGCUUUCAACUUGAGCAUUGAACACCAACUUCCACCAAUUUCUCAGCCUGGACAUUUACAUGAGAGUUGUGACAAUGUCUAUGAGGAUGUGGAAACAAUCCCCAAAUUCCCCUUUUCCCAAAACUCAAAGAAACGCAAAGGACCUCCAAAAAAUCCGUAUGCUGAUAGCAGCCAUGUGAAAGAAGAAACACGGAGGCAUAUAUGGCACAUCACUCAAUGGUCUAGUGUGACUGAAGAUCAAAAUGGGCAGACACAGCAUGACGGAAAGGAGCAGCAGAGCCCUGAUCACCACGAUGAGAAAGAGCAGAAAAAGAAAGAGAAACAGCGUCUGGAGAGAGAGAAGAAAGAUCAGAAAGAGAAGGAGAAAAAGAGAAAUGAGAUGCACAAAAAAUUUAAAAUCACUGGACUGGAGGAGCCCAUGUAUCACGCCAGAGUGCUGGUGGCCAGCAAACUCCGCAAACACAACCUGCCCGUUAAGAGCGGAGACGUCAUUAGUAUCAUACGAACCAUCAACUGCCCCAAAGGCAAAUGGCUUGCCAGGGACGCCAACAACAAAUAUGGCUACAUAUCUGUGAUGAAUGUGGAGUUGAACAUUAAAGAGAUGCUGGAGCUUGGAAAGAGGGUAUCACAGGCUGCCGGACGAGGACAAACUGAUGGAGAUAACAUCAGCUUCAGUAGCAGGUCCUCUCAUCAGAAUCCCAUGUUCACAAGCAGCUUCACCGAUGACAGUGAGGAAUGGACAUGUGAUGAAGAAACAUUGUCGCCAUCUGCUGACAAUUUGAGUCAGAACAGGGCUGUGUCUAUGCCUGACAUGUUUUACAGUAACUCCUCUGCUCAUUAUACUGUCAGUGAUGGCAGUAUCGAGGAUGUCCACAUACAAGAGGCAGAAGACUUCCACUUUGCAGACAUUGAUCUGCUGCCACCACCUGAGCUGUACGCUGACUCUCUGUGAGUGUUGUGUAUGUGUAUUACUGAUUCAUUAUCUUAUUCUGAUUGAUCGAGGUCAUACGUGUAUGAUUUUAACCCAUUGUAGGCAAAGGACUGUAAAAUAGCAAAAUCAUUUAGGGUUUUAAGUCCUCCAUUUAGAAAUCUGUAAGAGUCACAAGUGUUGUUUCUUUCCUCCACAGUGAAACAGACCUCUGUUGUUAAUGAGAAAUUCACAGCAUACAGUUCUUCAGUAGGUGGUUACUAAAAAGCAACUAUGUAGCACUUGCCUUUUUUAUUGAAAGGAGUCAAAUUAGACUUCAUUGCACAUACAGGGGACAUAAUUCUCUUUGUUUUGCAAAGUUUAUGCACUGAUUCUAAGAAGAAGAAAAAAAUUACUUUAUUGUGACAUUUUGAUGAAGAUGAAAUUUCAAGUUUAAAACCUCAAGUUUGCAUUGUGAGGAAGGAUGGGUAGAUUGAGGAUGCAUGACAGACAAGUGCAACUAUGGGUAAAGAAUUCAAAUUAAACUGGGAUAAGGCACUUUUUCUAGUAAUUAUUAAAUGGAAAAACUUACAACAUUUAGUGACUUGAAAGUAAAUCUCUAUUC